AGUGACUAUGACUUGGAAUUUGGAACUGAGUGUUUGCAAUUGGCUCUAAAAUACUGUCACAUUAAAGCCAAACUUGUAGAAGGAUCACCUGACCUCUGGAAGGUGACCUACAAACGAGAUCUGUAUGCGGCUGAAUCGAUUAUUAAGGAAAGAAUUUCACAAGAACUUUGUAUAGUUAUGGACACAAAAGAAGAUAGAGAACACGUAGGUCAUCUUCUUGAAGAAGUGCUAAAAAAUGAAUUAAAUCAUGUAAAAGUCACAUCAGGAGUUCUGUGUCCUGCUGGCAGAGAUCUUCAGCAAAUCAUCUUAGAGCAAUGCUACAGUUUCGUUUGUGUGAAUGUUAUGACCACUGAUUUUCAAGAAACCCAGAAGUUACUGAGUAUGCUUGAAGAGAGUAAUCUUUCCAUUCUGUAUCCUGUUGUUGUUGUUUCA